AUGACUGAAGACAUGAUUGUUCCUGUUACAAAGGAGUUAUUCCUUCGAGCCAUUGGAAUUCCUCCCAAUUCGGAAGGAUCUGUCGUCGUAGAGCCUACUGCUGCCGCUGAGUUUCAAGACUCUAACCGUUGGUUUUUCCCUUUUACCUCCUUAGUUAGCUAUCAACUUAUUGGGAAACUAACUGAGUCGAUCAGUCAUUGCAAGUGUUUGAUUGAAUUCCUAAACCAGCACAUACUCUUUCGAGUUCCCAGUUGUUCUGCUUUUUAUACUUACCAGCUUAAAAAUAACAAGCCUUCGAUCAGACUAAGGAAUGGCCAAGACAAGGAGUAUGAUAGAAAACAGAAUCAUGAUGAUGCAUCUGCACCUGCACCUACCAAGAAGAGAUUUUAUGAGAAGGGUUAUUCAGCAGCAGCUUGGUCAGAUCUUAACCAUGAUGUUCUUUUUUUGAUUAUGAUGAAAAUGGGAAUCGUUGAUUUUAUUUGGUUUAGUGGAGUUUGCAAGUCAUGGAGAUCAAUCGCACUCUCCAACCGGAACAUGUUUAUGGCAUCCAGACCCCCUGUUUUGAUAAGGAUCACUGAUCGACCAUAUGAGAAGAAAGAGUGGUACUUAGAGUUAGAAGAGUCUGAAGGAAGAAAGUUCAAAACUUUCAUUCCCCAUUCUGGUGGUGGCAGGACCUUUCUUGGGUCAACUCGUGGCUACUUAGUAUUUUUUGUGUGGAAAACAUGUGAUUUCUGGCUUGUGAAUCCUAUCACAAGGCAUGAACUUCAUUUUCCUGAUCACCCCUUGAUUGCAAUUUCCCGGCCAACAGGCUUGAAGGCUAUCCUUGUCUUUUCCCCUUCAGACACAGUAGUAUCUGAGUGGGUGCUUGUGGUUUCAAAAAGAUUCUGCGAUUCAAUAUGGUUUUCUGUAGCCGGUAGUCGAUCCUGGACUGAGCUUAAUGUCCCCUCCAUUACUUCUGUCAUACAUGAUCUACAUUUCUUCAAGGAGAAGAUAUAUGUCUUAUUCAGUUGUUCUUUAUAUGUGUUACAACUCUAUCCAAACCCCAAAUUUACAUUACUCCAGACCAACAAUUUUCAAUGUUCAUGCUUCUGGGGGGAGUUUGUAAGUACAGCUGCAAACUUGUAUGUGAUGAUUAAUUUGGACUGGCUUCACAAACUAGAUUUUGAUGAAAUGAAGUGGGUGCGCUGUGAAAAGGUUGAUGAACAUGCAGCUGUUAAACUUGGGAUUUGGGCUAACAUUUGGUCAAUGUGGUACUUUCCGCAUGAUUGUUUAAAUGUUAAUCUCAUACACCAUGAGCCAUAG